AUGAUUCCCACAUUGACUUCCAGAUUCUUCUGGAAGUCUUUAACCAGACCAUCUGUGUGUAGACAGGCUGACCUAAUGUUUAUAGUGCGGCAUCAAGUUGUGAAAAGUUUUCAUCAUCCCACUAUGUUAUACUCUCUUAACAAGAAAAGGGCAUUUUCAACAACUCCAAAGCAAAGAGGAGAUACCGUGUUGCCAAAAGCCAGGCCGGGUCGUUCCAAAUUUACCGAAAAGGAGAUCGAAACCGCCAAACAAGAGAGAUUGGAUGGCCUUGGUGUCUUGAAGAAGUUUCCAGAAAAAUGGAUCCCCUACAUGGAGUUAAUGAGGAUCGAAAAACCUGCCGGAACGUGGCUCUUGUUAAGCCCGUGUAUGUGGGCCAUUACUAUGGCCGGAUACAUGACAUCCGCGCCGUUUCUUUCAACAGCAUGGAUGCUUGGUGUUUUUUCUGUAGGUGCGUUUGUCAUGAGAGGUGCAGGGUGUACAAUCAAUGAUAUAUGGGACAGAGAUCUAGACAACAAGGUGGCCAGAACAAUCGAAAGACCUAUUACUUCUGGCCGCGUUAAUGUGAAGCAGGCAGUGGCGUUUUUAGGUGCUCAAUGCAUGGUUGGGUUACUUGUUUUGCUUCAAUUGCCGGCAGACUGCUUUUUGUUAGGAGCCUCGUCUCUUUUUUUUGUGGCAACGUAUCCUCUUUUUAAGCGGUUCACGUAUUAUCCUCAGGCAAUGCUUGCAGCAUGCUUUAAUUGGGGUGCAUUGCUUGGAUUUCCGGCAAUGGGGGUCUGGAAUUGGUCUGUGAUGAUCCCGCUCUACUUGAGUGGCUUUUUCUGGUGCAUGCACUACGACACGGUUUAUGGACACCAGGAUAAGAAGUACGAUGUGAAGGUUGGAAUCAAAUCUACAGCCUUAGCUUGGGGAAAGCAUUCCAAACCUGUUUUUGUUGGUUUGGCAGUUGCCCAGAUGUCAUGCCUCACUCUUGCCGGUUUAAUGGCCGGAAUGGGGCCUGGCUUCUACACUGGUACGUUUAUUGCCGGAUUUAGGCUUUUCAACAUGAUCCGAAAAGUCAAUUUGGACAAUCCUGCUAGCUGCGGCUUUUAUUUCCGUGAUAACAUCAAAACCGGACAUGUCAUUUGGCUUGGCAUCUUGUUGGAUUACAUUCUGCAGCUGCUUGGCUUUUUGUAG